GGACGGCUAGAGCGGGGAGCGCCCGAAGGAAAACGUUAUCGUUCAAGUGGUGAGGAGGUUCGUACGACCAGACGCAAGCACUAUCUGCGUAGCCGGCGGCGGUCAAAUCAAGGCCGGGUGAAACCUUGCGUCUCGUCCAACGAAGAAGCUAAGCCAGUCGAGACGCGUCCUCCAAGGGAUACGACUGAAGGUAGGCAGAAACCAUGGCUAUUCUAUGCUUCUACCAGUCGCCUGCCCUUUCGGACAGUGCUCUGAAGGGCAAGCUAGCUGCAAUCAAUGGGGCCCUUGGUCAAGACGCUGCCAAAGAGCUGCUGACUGAAUACUGCUUCUAUAUUCAACUGCAAGGUCAGAAAGCUCUUGAUCAAGAGCAACUAAAGCGCCUUAUUUGGCUCCUUACUCCUGGAUUCAAGAUUCACCUUGACCAGCAUACAAGCCUGCAAGAACAAAAAACUCUAGCGAACCUUCUUGUUGAAAUUGGCCCGAGGCUCAACUUCUCUACGCCUUCUUCAACACAGUCUGUAGCCAUCUGCCAAACAAUUGGGCUUGACUGCAUCGAUCGCAUAGAGCGUUCUACACGCUAUCUGAUUAAGUUUAGGGAUGACUAUGUGCCCUCAACAAAGGAUGAGGACAAGGUCGUGGAUGUGCUGCACGAUCGCAUGACUGAAACUCGUUACCUGACUCCUGUGACAACGUUUGAGCUGCCUGCCAGCACUCAUUCCUGGGAAGAGGUCGACAUACUGCAGCAUGGGAGGCAAGCUCUGGAGCGGGUUAGCACCGAACUAGGGCUCUCAUUCGAUAACUGGGACUUGGAUUUCUACACGGACUUGUUCAAGAACAAGCUCAGGAGAAACCCAACCACUGUCGAGUGCUUCGACCUAGCUCAGUCCAACAGUGAACACAGCCGGCACUGGUUCUUCAAGGGCCGACUGGUGGUGGAUGGAAAGGAGGUGCCUCAUUCACUCUUCUCUCUCAUUACGGCCACCCAGAACACGAGCAACGACAACAAUGUCAUCAAGUUCUCUGACAACAGCAGUGCCAUCCGGGGCUAUAAAGUUAAGGCCCUGCAACCUAAAGACACAACAGCAGGGAGUGCAUUUAAUGUGUGCGAUGCGCAGCGUCACAUCAUAUUCACCGCAGAAACACACAACUUUCCUACUGGUGUUGCACCAUUCAGUGGUGCCACUACAGGAACUGGUGGACGAAUUCGUGAUGUUCAUGCUGCUGGCCGUGGAGCGCAUGAGAUUGCAGCUACUGCUGGUUACUGCUUUGGCAACCUUCAUAUUCCUGGAUAUGACCUACCUUGGGAAGAACCUCAGGAGUACCCCAUAAACUUUGCCCCACCAUUGGAAAUUGCUGUGGAGGCUAGUAAUGGAGCAUCUGACUAUGGCAACAAGUUUGGCGAGCCUGUGCUCUCUGGCUUCUCACGUUCCUUCGGAAUGGUGCUCCCCGGUGGAGAACGGCGGGAAUGGAUCAAGCCCAUCAUGUUUUCUGGUGGCAUUGGAAGCAUUGACGGUGACCAGAUUACCAAGGACAAGCCUGAGAAGGGCAUGCUUGUGGUCAAGAUUGGUGGCCCUGUGUACCGCAUCGGAGUUGGUGGUGGCGCAGCGUCCUCAGUGACCGUUCAGGGAGACCAAGAGGCAGAACUAGACUUUGGCGCUGUGCAGCGUGGAGAUGCUGAGAUGGAGCAAAAGUUGCACCGCCUGGUGCGGGCUUGCGUGGAGCGUGGGGCAGCCAAGAACCCCAUACGGAGCAUUCAUGACCAGGGUGCAGGAGGGAAUGGCAAUGUGCUGAAGGAGAUAGUGGAGCCUGCUGGAGCAGUCAUCUGGACCAAGAACUUUCAGCUCGGUGACCCCACCAUUACCACUAUGGAACUGUGGGGCGCGGAGUACCAGGAGAGUGAUGCCAUUUUGGUGCGGCCAGAGGACAAGGACACACUUCUGCGCAUCUCAGCACGAGAGCGUUGCCCUGUCAGCAUUGUCGGUGAAGUGACGGGAGAUGGUCGCAUCGUCCUCAAAGAGGACGGUGCCCCUGGUAAAAGGAACCCUGUUGACCUUGACUUGGAGUCUGUGCUUGGAGACAUGCCACGCAAGGUCUUCAAGUUGGACACAGAAACACCAAUUUUGAAGCCUUUAAGCUUGCCUCCUGGCCUUCAGGUCACUGAAGCACUUCAACGUGUACUACGUCUGCCGUCCGUGGCCAGCAAGCGUUUCCUCACUAACAAGGUUGAUCGUUGUGUCACUGGACUUGUAGCUCAACAACAGUGUGUUGGACCUCUGCACACACCACUCGCUGAUGUGGCUGUGGUGUCUCUCUCGUACUUCGACAAGGUUGGAUCUGCAACUGCCAUUGGAGAGCAGCCAAUAAAGGGCCUUCUGAGCCCUGCUGCAGGAGCCAGGAUGUCCGUGGCCGAGGCAGUAACAAACCUUAUGUUUGCUCAAGUGACAUCACUUCAGGAUGUCAAGUGCAGUGGCAACUGGAUGUGGGCAGCUAAGCUCCCUGGGGAAGGUGCUGCUCUGUACGAAGCCUGUCAAGCUAUGUGCGGCUCCAUGGCAACUCUGGGGAUUGCUGUGGAUGGUGGCAAAGACUCGCUCAGCAUGGCUGCACGUGUGGGCAAGGACACUGUCAAGGCUCCCGGAGCCAUUGUCGUGUCCACCUAUGCACCAUGCCCCGAUAUCACAACUACGGUGACUCCCGACUUAAAGCUUCCAUGUGUAGGAAAGCAAGGGCUACUACUUUAUGUCAGUCUAAAUGCUGGAAAGAAGCGCCUGGGAGGUACAGCCUUUGCUCAAUGCUUUAAGCAGCUCGGAGAUGACGUGCCUGACUUGGAGGAGCCUGCAAAACUUCGCAAAGCCUUUGCUGCCACACAGGAAUUGUUGAAGGGUGGUCUGUUGAUGGCUGGACAUGAUAUCAGUGAUGGUGGUCUCAUGACUUGCCUCCUGGAAAUGGCAUUCGCGGGAAAUUGUGGCCUGGAAGUCAAUGUGCCCACAGGAGGUGCUGGUAAUGUCCUUGAGGCUCUCUUUCAUGAGGAAGUUGGCUGGCUGCUUGAGACUGAUCCAGUUAACGAAAAGCGCAUUGUUGAAGCCUACCAGAGGGUUGGGGUGUACUGUGUUCCCAUUGGCCACAGCAAAGUCUUCGGUCCUCAAGCCAAGGUGUCUGUGAAGGUUGAUGGUACAGAGGUGAUCUGUGGAAAAGUGUCCGAGCUGCGUGACAACUGGGAGGAGACUAGCUACAAGUUGGAGCUUCAUCAGUGUGAUCCUAAGUGUGCCACUCAAGAAAGGCAGGGGCUUUUAAAACGCACAUUGCCUCCAUACAGGUUGACUUUCAGCCUGGAGAUUCCACGACGCAACCCUGACUCAACGAUGAAGGUUGCUGUGCUUCGGGAGGAAGGUGUGAACAGCGACAGGGAGAUGGCUGCGUCAUUUUACAUGGCAGGCUUUGAAGCCUGGGAUGUGACUAUGACUGACCUCCUGGAGGGAGCUGUCACGCUGGAUGGCUUCCAAGGCCUUGUCUUCCCUGGCGGUUUUAGUUACGCUGAUGUGCUCGGCUCGGCUAGAGGUUGGGCUGCGAGUCUCAUGUUCCACGAGAAGCUGGCUGCACAGCUGGCUGCUUUCAAGAACAAUCCUCUCACAUUCAGCUUGGGAAUCUGCAAUGGUUGUCAACUGAUGGCCUUGCUGGGCUGGGUGGCCCCGUACACUUCUUCAUCCGGAUCAGUGGAGCCGGGAACCCAGCUUCUACACAACAAGUCUGGACGUUUUGAGUGUCGUUUCAGCACGGUGAAGAUUGAGUCAUCUCCAGCUGUCAUGCUCAAAGGGAUGGAAGGUUCCAUACUAGGGGUCUGGGUUGCACAUGGAGAAGGUCGAUUUGAGUUCCGGCAGGAUGCCUUACUUGAGCAAAUGGAGGCCCAGCAGCUGGUAGGUAUGCGCUAUGUGGAUGACGCGGGCCGUGCAACCGAGGAGUAUCCGCUCAACCCGAAUGGAAGCCCACGCGGCGUUGCUGCUCUCUGCUCAAAAGAUGGCCGACACCUGGCCAUCAUGCCCCAUCCAGAGCGCUGCUCCCUUCCUUGGCAGUGGGCCUAUGUGCCACAAGAGUGGCAGGGAGGCCAAGGAUUCCGCGUCUCGCCCUGGGCCAAGCUCUUUGCAAAUGCUUACGACUGGUGCAUCAAGACCAAGGCACACUAGCGGUUCCAGGAAUGUGUAGUAGCAGUGGUGGACAUGGCAGCUCUGCCACUCACAGACACGCAGGAUUCUCAGGGCAGCUUACACAUCAGCCACUUCAGAAAUGUCACAUCACAAUCUUGCUACUUCUGCUUCUAUCAUUUUUUUUUCUCCCCACUGCUGGAACUCGAGGUAUUUUUUGUAGGAAUGUUUUCCUUCAUUCAGUAUGACUGCAUUGCAUUUGCAAACAUUCUGGCAUUUAUCUCUGGUGAUUCCCCUGCUGUUAUUCUGCAAUGGUGAGACUGCCCCUACAAAGCUGCAAAGGGGAGGCUAUGCUCACUUUACCUUCAUGUUCCUGUCAUUACAAAGGAGAUCUCGAAUCUUAAUCUUUCUUUUGUUGUAGUCAUAAAACUUUAGAACACUUGUCUGAGCCUUUUAGUAUAGGUUGCCAUUCUUUUCGGGAUUCAAUACUUUCGUCCAGAAGCUUACAGAAUGAUUCAAAAUGUUUCGUGCAGAUUGGACAAAGGAUGGCUGCAUGCUGCAGCCGGCCCAAUCGCAUAUAGUGCUUCUUUUUUUUUAAGUGAAGCCUUGUUGUCUUACUACACAAACAGCUCAGAGCAGUAAAUUCACUGAAAUGUCGCAUGCCACAGUCGCUUACACAGCGUUCACGUUUCUGCUUUUUCUUUUAGAUAACAAAUCUUCUUGCGGUGUCUCAAUUGCUCCAAAAUAAAGUGUUAAGUACUGACCGCAAUAAAACUUCUGUAAUCAGAAGUGUAUAACAUCCCCGAGUAAUUAGAAUUCUCAUGGCACUGCAGAGAAAUCCAUUACAAAAAAUAAAAAAAUACAGCUGUUAAAUUUAAAAUGAAUGUCCAGCAAGUUCAACAUUUUUGUUUUUCUAUGUCAAUAAAUGUUGCUUUAGUGCCAUUGCUAGCAGAUGUGGUAUCAGGCCACAGAGCUCUAUUCAGCAUUUAAACCAGCUGUAUCUUUGCAGAUGAAAGUCCAACAUGCUGCUGCAUGUAUUAAGACAAAGUGUACUUCCACAAAAUAAAUACGCACUUGUGUGCCCACACUACGAAAGUAUGAAAAAGUGAAAAUAAAGUUAUUUCUGCAUGAA